GAUACCUGAUUGAAGUAGGAGACGAAGUGCGAAAUAAUCAAUCGAAAGGAAGAUACUAAUUUAUAAGUAAAAAUAUCUCUUCUAUCAGCAAUAAAAGAGCAACGUCCUCUUUGUUUCAAUCACACAAGAGCAUAAUAUUUCGAAUUGGGCAUUUUUGACAAGAUUCUGCUUUCUCACUGACAACGGAACGUUCCGAUAUAAUUUCAUAAUUGGUGGCCAGUCAGACGAGGAGUCAACAAUGAAUUUGUUGCUUUACUACGAUGCACCGAAUCAGUGGCCCAGUGUGUACCCAUCGAAUCGAUCUUGCGAAGAAAAACAAUCAAUUCUACGGGUUGACCAUGGACAGAUUGUACCACUGUCGGUUAACGUGGAAUUUUCUAGGAUCUCCGGUUGCAUCAAGACUAAUGACUCGUGGACAAAGGCGCAGUGCAACAGCUAUCGUUUAUUCAAAUCCGCAAGACCGAGAUGGUGGUUUAUCGCUCUCGCUGACUGCACAUCACAGAAAGGACUCAAUGUUACGUUUGACGUUUCCUUGACCAAUGGGUCACCAGGAAGCUUCUGGAGGGAGCAUUUCUCUGCUGACGAAUUUUAUAUUCUACCAAUCUUGAUAGCCGCCGGUUGCGUUUACCUCAUCCUGCUCGGCCUUAGUAUCUACAUGGCAGUUCAGUUACGCCAGCGUCGUCUGCUCCACGUGACAUAUCGUCUGUACAUAGGAUCAAUAAUAUUUCAGUCGAUUGGGAUCGGCUGUGAAAUUUACAGCUACGUUCAUCAAGGCCUCACUGGAUUCGAGGCACGUCAGACAUCUCUGACGGGUCAUCUUUACGAGGCCGGGGCAGAGAUAAUCUUUACACUGCUGCUUCUUCUUCUCGCGCUCGGCUACACCGUCACCAGGAGCUCUUUAACUUCAAAAGAAGUCAAAUAUGUCGCUUAUUUUGUGGGAAUCCUUAUCGUCCUGCAACUUACUCUGUUCGUGUAUCAGUCGGAAAUUUUUGAUCCUGGAUUGGUACUUUAUAUCUAUGAAUCACCUCCAGGAUUCGGUCUUCUGACAUUGAGGACAUUCGCAUGGGGAAUAUUUGUCACUUGUUGCUGGAGAACCAGUCGAAAAACAACGACUAAAUUUCAUUUCUACGCUUCGUUACUUUCAUUGGGCUCUAUCUGGUUCCUCUGCCAUCCAUUAACGGUUCUUGUCAUCACAUUAGCAGUAGACAGAUGGAUUCGAGAAUCUGUUGUUAAGGGAUGUUCUCUGUGUAUGGUCUUCCUCGGACACGCAGUGUUCCUCUUCAUAACUCGACCAGCAUCAUCCAAUCUACGUUUUCCAUUUCACAUACGGACAUUUCAAGUCGUGCCAGUCAAUGUAGGAGAAAAUCAUAAUUACGAACCACAAAGAGGUGAAACAGUGGCGACAGUGUUUACGGUGCAGUUUCAGAAUGUUAAUAGAAAUGGGCAUACAAAUGCCAAUGUCAAUAUCAAUCCAGUUGGACUCAAUCAAUGAAUCUAGAAGUGCUGCACUAAACGAACAUGGAUGAACAUUACUAUCUAACUUCUUUCUAUGCCACUUUAUUUAUGUUAUUAUUUCUGAAAUGAAGAUAUAAUUUUUUAAUACAUAUGCUACUUCUUGACGAGUGUUUAGAAAGUGUUUGCUGUUGCAACCCAAGGGAGUACUUUGUGAAGUUCGAAGUUUCCUACGAGCGUUUAAUGAGGUUUUAUAAUUUUAGAGCGUUUGAAUAAUUAAUCAUCUUUUCUUAUGUGGAAAAUUAUAUUAUGUACCUAUACGCCUCCUGGUUCCACCCUUUCAUGGAAAUCCAACUUCUAAAAUUUUGUUUUGAAUGAUUUGUUGCUGAAUUUAUAGGAUUCAAGUGCAUACUCUUGACUUGAGAUAGAAUGUCUUACAUUGCGUCUUAACUCCUGAUUUCGGUUCUUUAUGUGCAUCUGUAUUCACUGGCAAUAUGCACAUUUCAAGAAAUCCAAAUAAUGGUGUGUGAAAAUUCAUAGAGCCAGGUAAGACGAAAAAUCGCUCUCCAGGGGAGCAAUUAUCGUACGUCUCUUCAAUUAAAACUUAGGGAACGACUAAGUACUGUGGAUACUUAUUUGUUCAAUAUAGUUGGGCUUGUAUCUUUAUUUCAUACUUUUUAAUUAAUUUUUUUAAGUAGACGGCUCUUUAAAUGUAAUUGUAAAUGAGUCCACCGUAGUCGCAAUUGGCCAUUCUAAACCAGCGGGAAUCGCCUUGGAUUUUACAUGGAGUUGACUUCAAAAUUUAGAAAUAUUGGCAGUCAAUUUACUAGAACAAAAUGCAAUUGAUCGAUCACUUGACUUCCGAGAAGACAUUGAAAGUUAUUUUUUUUGCAAUGGAUGAACCAAGUGAGUUUAGCACCCGGGCGGUGACAAUAACUCCGCAUAGAUUCCGUAGUCGCGAAAUAUUUAAAAUGGUAUGUAAAUAGAUUUUCUUUUAAAUUCCCGCCUUCUUAGUUCACCUCAAUAUAUCGGCUAGAGCGAAUGACAUUCAACUGGGCGGAGUAGAAGGAAUUUUAAUAGGGAAAAUUCAGGGAGACAAAACUUGAGAUUUUCAUCAUUAAAUUGUCCAAUUAAUUUCGAAUCAUAAUAAAUUUACA